AUCAAUCAAUAUCAACUGCCGAGUGCAAUGGACGAAGCUCAUGUGGCCAGCUCAACUCCUCUUGUCAAAUCCGUCGGUUCAGAGCACUCAUCUUCACCAGCUGCUCACUUGUCUAGAACUAGAGGCACCGGCAGCACUGCUAUUGUUCGCGGAUUGUCGAGUGUCACGUGGAACUCAGGAGGAGUUGCACCAUCUACAUCACACGGUCACGAAUCAGGUUUUAACAUUGAUCUUCAGAAGUUCAAGAGAUUGGAAGCUCGAAUGUCUGAGUUUGAAGGUGACAACUCUAAUCUGAGCAAUGCUAGUGCAUCAUCUGUCAGCGAUCAUGAUGAAACCGACGAGGGUUUGAAGACACCGAACAACAAAAGGAAACGGAAAUUAAAAAUUGAUUCUCACGAACAACCAUCAGGUGUUGGGAAACAUUCUAAAGUUGAUCCAACUAAGAAGAUCAGCGACUUUUUUGGCAAGGCGACAUUGUCAGGAGUUUCUACUGAAAACAGCUGUGCAAGUAUAGCAAAGAGAACAUUGAAUCGGUCUCAACCUGAUGCAAACGGAGAAGUGACAAGACAACUGUCGGUAGCUUGUUGUCAGACUGAAGUGACAUCUGUGGACAUGAAUCGGUUGGAAGUGGAAAAUGGUAUUAUUCAGGAUGGCCUAGCUGCUAAAGAUGCCGAAAUAGAACGUCUUAAAAAGGAACUGGACAAUCUAAAAGAACAGGCUGCUCGUGACCGAAGUGCUUUUGAUAAAGAGAGAGAAGAAGCUGAGAAGUCUGUAGAAAAGUGUUUAAAAGUCAACAAAGAGCUGCUGAUAGAGAAAGCACAAGCUCAACACAGGGAGGUUCGAGAGACAUGUAUGAGGAAUAGAUUACGGCUAGGACAAUUUGUCACACAACGGCAAGGGCAUCAGUUUGCUGAGGUUUGGCAAGACGGCUAUGCAUUUGCUGAACUUUCUCGCAGAGUUGAGUCGAUAUCACAACAAAGGGAGGAAGUAGAACGACAACGCAGACUGCUGACAAAAAGGAAACCACCUACCGGUGCAGCUGCGGAGAAAAAGCUCGUCAAACAGAAGCAAUCACAGAGUGAAGGAGACACGUUUGUUAAACCCAAUCCACCUGCUACACUGUCACCUGAGGACUACUUUGAACAGGAGGAUAUUUUCAAGUUGAGAUUGUUGACCUUGAAAAAGGAGGAGGCCGAUCUUCAGUCAGAAGUAGAGAAACUGGAGAGGGAAAGAAAUGUGCAUAUUCGAGAGCUGAAGAGGAUUUCAAGUGAAGAUCAGUCAAGGUUUAAAGGAAAUCCGACUUUGAAUGAGCGUUACCUGUUAUUUAGACUUCUUGGUCGUGGUGGUUUCAGUGAAGUUUUUAAAGCCUUUGAUGUCAAGGAGCAACGGUAUGUUGCCUGUAAAAUUCACCAACUCAACAAAGAAUGGAAGGAAGACAAGAAGGCUAAUUACAUUAAACAUGCUCUACGAGAGUACAACAUUCAUAAGAAACUCCAUCAUCCGAGGAUUAUACAGUUGUUUGAUGUGUUUGAGAUUGAUCAGAACUCAUUCUGUACUGUAUUGGAAUUUUCUACUGGCAAUGAUCUAAACUUCUAUCUAAAGCAACACAAAUCAAUACCAGAGAAAGAGGCUCGAAGUAUAACAAUACAGACUGUAAGGGCUUUAAAGUAUCUCAAUGAGAUCAAGCCACCUGUCAUACAUUAUGACUUAAAACCUGGAAACAUAUUGCUUGGAUCGGGAGCACUGAGUGGCGAAGUGAAAAUUACUGAUUUUGGCUUAAGCAAGAUAAUGGAAGAUGAAGCAGCAUCUGACAUGGAGCUCACAUCUCAAGGGGCUGGAACGUAUUGGUAUUUGCCUCCAGAAUGCUUCGUUGUUGGUACGGAGCCUCCCAAAAUCUCAUCCAAGGUUGAUGUCUGGUCUGUCGGUGUGAUAUUUUACCAGUGCCUGUAUGGCAAAAAGCCUUUUGGUCACAACCUGUCACAGGCAUCUAUACUAGAGCAGAACACGAUACUAAAUGCAACCGAGGUGCAAUUUCCAUCGAAACCAUUGGUGAGCAGCGAGGCGAAAGACUUCAUUCGGAGAUGUCUUGUGUAUCGGAAAGAGGAUCGUGCCGAUGUAUUGACUCUGGUCAACGAUGCCUACCUGCAGCCGAAGAAAGCUGCAACGGCCGCCACUGCAACCGCCAGUGCCACUGCAACCACCAGUGCCACUGCAACACAAUCCAACACAGAGUAACAAACAUAUUGACGUAGAUGUAUUAAGAUUGAGUUCGAUUUAUGCAACGAGUAUCGUUGGAUGUAAAUUAAAAGAGGAGACACUCGGAUUAUGUUUAUUCAUUUUUCAAGCUUUGUGUUUACCAAUUUCAAAUUUUGAAAAUUGCAACUGAUUCUCAA